AUGGGAAGAGUUGACUAUUUGGCCAUGAAGACUGAGGAAACCACCGUGAAUCUGAUCAAUUCAGAUUUGAAUGAGUUCGUCGACGCCGCGAAGAAGCUCGUGAAAGACGCAGCGAUGCUCGGUGGCUUAGGUUUUGGCACGUCUUUCCUCCAAUGGGCUGCUUCAAUCUCUGCCAUUUAUUUGUUGAUAUUGGAUCGGACCAACUGGAGAACCAAAAUGUUGACAACUCUUUUAGUGCCAUACAUCUUUUUCACACUUCCUGUCGUUGUCUUCACCUUCUUCAGUGGAGAUUUUGGGAAAUGGAUUGCUCUCAUCGCCAUCACCAUAAGGCUCUUCUUCCCUAAAGAAUUUCCAGAAUGGUUGGAGAUUCCGGCGGGAUUGAUUCUUCUUCUGGUGGUUGCACCAAGCCUCAUAGCUGGGACACUAAGAGAGAGUUGGGUUGGGGCAGUGAUAUGUCUUGUAAUCGCAUGUUACCUUUUCCAUGAACACAUUAAGGCUUCUGGUGGAAUCAAGAACUCUUUUACUCAGAAGAAUGGCAUCUCCAACACCCUUGGGAUCGUUGCCCUCCUCGUUUACCCGGUUUGGACCAUAUUUUUCCACAUCUUCUAA